AUGAGUUCCGCUGCUGAAACUACCCAACCUCCUGCCCAGAUGGCCCCUGGACAGGCUACCGACUUUGCCGACAAUGACUACAAGUCGAAGUCGCAACCCGGCCAGGUCCGAUUUUCGACGAUAACGGAGGAAAUUGAGCCUGGGGAUUCCUCGGCCCCUCCCCAAGUACCGCUGGCCGAUGACUCGUUGAAGGAUCAGAAGCAAGAGGAGGAACUGCGGUCCCUGGCUGCCAGCCUACAAAAAUCCCAAUUACAAGAGACGCGGUUGCGACAGUUCUCGUAUGAUCCGAUCUCUCUUCCAUCCUCCAGGGUUGCGUCGCGAGAAUCGAGCGAGCGCAGUGGUCGCGAAGCCAAUGGAUCAGGCCUGCCCUCUCCCCGAGACUCCCCGACAGUGUCCGCCAUGCAGUCACCCCCGCUUACACCAGCCGCGACUCACUCACGUGAAGCCAAGUCUACUGAUACCUCGUCAACCUCGAAUACUACGGACAAAGGCGCACCGGGGCACUCCGCUGCGAUGACCCCAACUACUUCCCCGCCGACCAGCGCGACCCUAAAGAACAAAGCCUCUCAAAGCGCUCCCUCUUCACGACCCUCUUCAACCGAUCAACUGUCCAAACAGAAUAAUGUCGCGCAAACAUCGUCCCAUCCGCUAAAUUCCCCGAAACAUAGGGCGCAGUUCUUCGUCGGCCCCACGGCUGAUGGCGGUGCACAGGACGAAAGCCCUCCGAUGACUCCUAGGGUUGAGAGCUAUACCCCUCCAGGCGCCAUUACACCCGUCGGCGAGCCCAACGAUCCGUAUGCCCGCAGCAAGCGGCCCCCGCAGCCAAAGAACCUCGCACAACUGGACCAACGAUUUAUAUUCAAUGGUAGAGAUGCGAAACGUCGCACAAACACUUCCUCAUCUUUCACCCGCCCCAUGUCUCCUCGGUCCGCCAGUGCAAGUGAUCUCAGGUCCACCGAAAAGCGCAGCGGCUUUUUCGGGAGCAAAAAGGAAGUUAGGCAGCAGGAACCGGAAAGCAAGCCCCACGGCCACAUGUCCGAGCUCAAGCGCUUCUUCAAACGGAACCACCAUAAACACAAGCGUGCUGAUUCGCCCUCAUCCAUACCGUUCAAAAAGUCUAGCCGGUCUUCAGGAAAGAACGGUCCUUUCCAUACAUCUGAUAGUGUUCCGUUUGCUGAUGACCAUGGGCUCAACUCAAAGUACGGGAAAUUGGGCAAGGUCUUGGGUUCAGGAGCAGGUGGAUCCGUUAGGUUGCUCAAGCGUAACAGCGACGGCGUGACCUUCGCUGUCAAGCAAUUUCGUGAUCGCCAUUCUUGGGAGAGUAUGAAGGAGUAUUCGAAGAAGGUCACUGCGGAAUUCUGCAUCGGCUCGACUCUUCAUCACGGCAAUAUUAUCGAGACACUGGAUAUCAUCCAAGAAGGCAGCCAUUGGUACGAGGUCAUGGAGUAUGCCCCGUUCGAUUUAUUCGCGAUUGUCAUGACGGGGAAGAUGGUGAAGGACGAGAUUGCCUGCGCCUUCAAGCAGAUACUCAGCGGAGUGGCCUACUUGCACGGAAUGGGCCUCGCCCACCGGGAUCUGAAAUUGGACAAUGUGGUCGUUAAUGAACAUGGCAUCAUGAAGCUUAUCGACUUUGGGAGUGCGGUAGUCUUUCGGUACCCCUUUGAGAAUGACAUUGUUCCUGCUUCUGGAAUUGUCGGCUCUGAUCCGUAUCUGGCUCCGGAGGUGUACGAUGAAAAGAAAUACGAUCCCCGCCCCACUGACGUCUGGUCUCUGGCCAUCAUCUUCUGUUGCAUGACCUUGCGCCGAUUCCCCUGGAAGCAACCCCGUGUCAGCGACAACUCUUACCGACUUUUUGUCUCCCCGCCCACCCCCGGCACACCGGUUCCUGAUACAGACCCCAAACGUCACCGCGUCGUUAAAUCGUCUCCUGAUCUCCAAUCGUCUGCCCACGAAGAAAAGGCCUCGCCGGUUGAAGUUAUCAAGGGUCCCUGGAGGCUUCUGCGACUCCUGCCACGCGAGAGCCGGUAUAUCGUCGGUCGCAUGUUGAAGGUGAGCGUCAAUGAACGAGCCACCCUCGAUGACGUUUUGACCGACGAAUGGGUUCGCAACAUCAAGGCAUGUCAGCAGGAGCUUUCGGGUGAGGUCAUCCGGGCCCCUGGUCAUACGCAUGUCCUGGAACCACCAUCGGCCAGUGUCCCAGUGCCCAGCAAGGCCAAGUGA